ACACACACACAGGAGGAGGUGAGGUGCGUCCCUGCAAGUUGGGGAGAGUCCGCGCUUUGGGGAGAUGCGCGUGUGACAGGACCCGGCGCGAUCGCGAAGGAGGAGGAACCCUGACUCCGCGCUCGAGGGCGUGCGCGCGUGUCUACACGCUCGUGUGUGUGUCUGUGUACAGUACGCGCGUGUGCGGCUGAGCUCGUGCGCUCGUGCAUCUCCGGGCUCCGGAUCUGGAUCUCUCGCGGAUUUGAUGGAUGCAUGAUCAGGAGGUGAUGCCCAUUUAUGUCAUCGAUCGCAAAUUUCCAGACACACCUGGUGAAUUGCCGCAGGCUGCUCCAGAAGGACAGCACAAUAUGGCUGAAAACAACACGCAGAAGAAGAAGUCUCGCUGGACGUCACUGGAGAUAGGCCUCCUGACCAUCGUAUCGUUGCUUUUCAUAGUCGUCCUAGCCCUCGUCAUCCUCUUUGUCAUGCACAGCAGCAACAGCAGCAGCAGCAGCAGUGAUGGGGUUUGCACUACAGCUGACUGCACGCGGUCGGCAUCUCGCCUGAUUGAGAACAUGGACUCUACGGCAGAUCCGUGUCAAGACUUCUACCAGUAUGCCUGUGGAGGCUGGCUGAAAAAGAACAUCAUCCCCGAGACCAGCUCACGCUACAGCACCUUCGACAUCCUCCGGGAUGAACUGGAGGUUGUGCUUAAAGAAGUACUGGAGAGAGAAGGUACCUCCAGUGGUAGCAGCUCUUUAGCCAAAGCCAAAACCCUUUAUAGGUCCUGCAUCAAUGAAAGUCUGAUUGACGAGAGAGGAGGGAAGCCUCUGCUCUCAAUGCUGCCAGAUGUCUUUGAGUGGCCCAUUGCAAUGGACGACUGGGACGCCAAAUUCGGGGACAAAUGGAGGGCAGAAGAUGCCAUAGCCAAAAUGAAUGAGAAAUACGGGAAGCAGGUUCUAAUUAGCUUUUUUAUCGGCACAGAUGACCGAAACUCCAGUUCCCAUAUCAUUCAUUUCGACCAACCAGGUCUUGGCCUGCCCUCCAGAGACUACUAUGUCUGCACGGGGCCCUAUGAAGAGGCCUGCAUCACAUACAAGAACUUCAUGGUUGAUCUCGCUGUGCUGGUCCGAAAAGACAAAGGCUUGGGGGUGAAUGAGACAAAGAUCAGAGAGGAGGUGGAGCAGGUCAUGCAGAUGGAGAAGGAGAUCUCUAAUGCUACAGACACACCUGAAGACAGAAGCAAUCCUGUUCUUCUCUAUAACAAGAUGCCCCUGGAGACUCUUAACACGAACUUCACACUAACGUUUGAAUCCACUGUUUUCAACUGGACUUACUUUACUAAUAAGAUUAUGGAUACAAUCAACCUUCCCAUUGAGGGCAGUGAGGAAGUGAUCCUUUAUGCCCCCAACUACUUAAGGAAGCUCAACCCUGUCCUGGCUAAAUACACGAAGAGAGAUAUCCAGAACUACAUUGUGUGGCGUUUUGCUAUGAACAUGGUGGUUGGCUUGAGCAGAUCAUACAGAGACACCAGGAAAGCAUUUAAAAAAGCCAUCUCCGGUACCAGUUCCGAGGCAGCAAUAUGGAGACAGUGUGCGGUCUAUGUCAACAACAACAUGGAGAAUGCGGUUGGCAGGCUGUAUGUAGAAGAAGCCUUUGCUGGAGACAGCAAGGACAUGAUGGAUGAGAUGAUUGCUGGCAUCAGAGAGGUUUUCGUUAGUAACCUAGAAGACCUCACUUGGAUGGAUGAUGAAACCCGGAAAGCUGCAAAAGAAAAGGCUCAAGCUAUUCGAGAGAGAAUCGGGUUCUCGGAAAACAUCAUGAACAGUACAUAUUUGGAUGAGGAAUACAAAGAUCUAAGCUACAAUUCAAAUGAAUACUUUGAGAACAUCCUGAAGAAUCUGGAGUUUGGUCAGAAGAAACGACUGAAGAGGCUGAGGAUGAAAGUGAACAAGGAAGAGUGGAUCUCAGGAGCAGCGGUGGUCAAUGCUUUCUAUUCAUCCAGCAGAAACCAAAUAGUAUUUCCUGCUGGUAUCCUCCAACCUCCCUUUUUUGGUAAAGGACAGCCGCGAUCCCUUAACUAUGGUGGCAUCGGCAUGGUGAUUGGCCAUGAGAUCACCCAUGGCUUUGACGAUAAUGGCCGUAACUUUGAUAAAGAUGGAGACCUGAAGGACUGGUGGACCUCGUCAUCAACACAGAAGUUCCAGGAGCUUUCCAAAUGUAUUGUAGACCAGUACAGCAGCUUCUUAUGGGACCUGGCCGGUGGACAAAAUCUUAAUGGGAAUAACACCCUUGGGGAGAAUAUUGCAGACAACGGGGGCAUUCGCCAGUCUUAUCAAGCAUACCAGAACUACAUCAAGAAGCAUGGGAAGGAAGCGCCAUUGCCUGGGAUUGACCUCAACCAUGAACAACUCUUCUUCCUAAACUUUGCUCAGGUCUGGUGUGGAACACAUAGACCUGAACAUGCCGUCAACUCCAUUAAAACUGAUGUCCACAGUCCGGGAGAAUUUAGGGUUCUUGGAUCGUUGCAGAAUUUCCCCGAGUUCGCCAAAGCGUUCCAGUGCAAGACAGAUGACUACAUGGUGCCUAAAAAGACAUGCCAAGUGUGGUGAUAAUGCCACAGCCAAGGACAAUAAGGGCAUUUCCUUAAAGGCCCUCACUUCACCUUUCUGACUGUAUGACCCAGUCCCAGACUUGGAAUGUCUUAUGUUCUCCAUAGAAUAGAUAAUAUCUGGCUUCACCAAUGCAUUUCAAUCAUGUACAGACAUGGGGUGCUUUUUUAAUCCACUCCUACAUUUAACAGUUAGUUAAUUUUAGUCUGAAUAGAUCAUCAUGAGGUCCGUGGUGAUCUUCGGUUAUUGUUUAUAACAACAUGAAAUGUUAAGAUAUUGUCAUAUAUUUAAAAUGAUUUAUGUUAAUAUCAAAUCAAACUGUGAAUCGGGGAGAUCAGUAGCAUUUUGUAUGUCAAGGAUGUUCCAGUAGACAUUUCAACUUGGCAACUUUAAUGAACCUAUGGCAAGAUUUUACAUCUUAUACAGGACAAAAAUGCCAAAAAGGAGAAUGAUUUUAAAAUCAUAUAUAUAUAUAAAUAAUAUGCUGUAGACACAGGGAUGUACUGGAUGUAUUGUAAUAUUAGUUUUUUUUAGUAUUAGGAAACACAAUUUUUUUAAUGGUUUAUUACAUUGGCUUGAUUUGCACUGGAUGUUAUAUCGAUGGCAGUGCAGGCGAAGUUUAUUUCAAAAGAAAAUGUAUAACCAUAUUUGUCACAGAUUUGAGAGAUUCAAUAAUAGCUUAUUUAGUUAUUGUACAAGCAUUUGGCAAUGAUAUAUGAUACGAUGAUAUGAUAUGAUGUCUAAUAUGCCAAGGUGUACGGAUCAUGUGUGUGUGUGUGUGUGUGUGUGUGCGCGCGCGUAUUCGAGUAUGACAAAUCAUUUUGACCAUCAAUGCUAUCAAAAAGAGACUGCCUUAAAACAAUCCAGUGCGUUUAUUAAGAGCGUUUGUUGCAAAAGUACAAGCAUUGGUAUAUGUGUUCAGCUUAAUCUACAAACACCUGCUACUUAUGCCAAAGACGCCAAGAAGUAUACUAUCACCCGGUGACCUUGUGGAAUCUCUCGAUUAUCUUUAAAGUAUUAUAUUUGUAAGAAAAACAAAAUGUCAACAUUUAUAGGGCUGUUUGUUAUUAGGUACAGUAUGGUGGACUUGAUGGUGGCUUGUUUUCUGAGUUGUACAAGUCUUAGGCACGAUAUGGUUUAAUUUUUUUUCCGUCUCUUUUACUUGUUCGUCUUCUGCAAUAGCUACUGUGUUCAUAGAACAUUGUUUUUCAAACAAGACUAUUAUAUAUCAGCCAUAAUCUUAAAUGUAAAGUAAUUUAAUCCUGUUGUAAUCCGGUUAUAAACAUUAAAUCCAAACAGGGCUUUGACCCCUUAAGAUGAGCAGAAUAGGAACCCAUUGUGGUGUCUGGAACCAGGAUGUUGGCAGAGGUGCUGAGAGUGGUGGGGUGUGGCCUCCGUGGAUCGGAUUUGUUUCUCCAGCGCAUCUUGUAGGUUCUCGAUUGGAUUGGGUUCUUGAGAGAUUGGAGAUGGGGUUAAGAGAGGGUCGGUGGCCUUGGCCUUUUUGGUUGCCAGGCUCCAUACGUGUCAGGGUGCCUUUCUAUCAUGGCCAACUUGGACUUUUUUCAGCAAUUUGUGUUGCAAAUUUGGGUUUUACAGGAUGGGCAGGCUUUUGAUCCCCUUCGCCUUGGGUGACCCUUGGGUGCCCAUGAUGCUGUCACUAGUUUGCUGGAGUAGAGUUGGUGAUCAGUGUUAUACAUUCCACGUGUCAACAGUCAUAUUGCUAUGAAUGAUUGGUGUAUUAUACCACAUCACUGUUGAACUCUCUGAAGGUGAGCGUCGUCAUUUUUUUAAUUUGCUAUAACAGUAGUUCUGAUAAUAGUGCAGUUUGCAAAACACCAGUUUCUACUCGUAUCGCAAAUGCUUCACUUUCCCUGCCUGGUGAAAAACGGUCUGGAUUUAGCCUUUGAUUGCAUUAUUACUGCAGUGUUAAAUAUCCAUAUUUGUAGAAAAAAUAUUACCGUCAAAUUAUUGACCAGCAUCAAGCAAAGAUAACAACUACGGAGAUUGUUAAAGUUACUGGAAUUGGGUUAAGAACCGUCCAACACAUUAUUAAAUCCUGGAAUGAUGCUGAACAAAGCGCUUGGAAAAAACUAACAUGAAUAAGCGUGAUCAGAGAGAUCGCCAAAACACUAGUUGAAGUUGCAUCACUAAAAAAGGUCAGUAGAAAUCUAAGCAAUCUAAUUUAACAGUCAAAGUAAAAGCAUUCCCAUAUACACAGAGGAGCCCCAGAGGAUCGCGACUGAACAGCUGUGUGUCCACCUUCAGUUUGAUGAGGAGCAUAAAUGCUGUUAUGCCUUGGAAAAAGGUAUUCCAGAGUGAAGGGAAGCUGUAUUUAGAGUUAAAGGUGGUUCAAUUUAGUAUUUUAAAUGGAAUGUGCAGAUUCCAUAUUAAAAAAGUAUUCUCUUUAUGUAGGUAAAUGAUAAUAGGAGUUAACUUGUUAUUCUUUAAUAAAUAAGAAACGCUAGCAUUUUGAUCGUUAAAUUGCUGUGGUAUAAAAAUAACUAAACACGCCAGGACCAUUUUUUGUAUUAAAAAUAAGAAAAAAUAAGCAUUUCUGUUUUGUUUUUUUUUUUUUUUUUCAGAAAUAGAAGCAUGUGUGAAAAAGAACUGUGGCAGAUUCACCCACAUGCAGGGGAAGAAAAAAAAAAAAAAACCUUACCAUUGAUUUUCUUGUAAAACUGCACAACAGCAUACCCAAGAGAACUCAUGCAGUUUAUAUAUUUAGAUCCAUUUCUCUGCAUUUCUUUUAAAGGCAUCUUUGCCUUUUUACUGAAUGUCUUUACACGUGCCUAAGACAUUUGUGCAUUGCUUUAUAUUUUUCCCUCUACAGGAUUUGGUUGUUUCUAACUAAGUACCUUGUAUGUUAUAGAUGAUCAAAACAACCAAACCUUAAUUUUUUUUCUUUCUCUCUGUUCCUUUUGAGCCAACAGGUUCUUCCAUUUAUGUUUGCUUCACUGCUUUUCGCUUUUUCAAACAUUUGAGCUUUGCUCAGAAGAAAUCCAUCUCAACUUGUACCCACGCAGACAGAUAUACCUCAGAUGCCUAUAUUUAGAUACUUUGUAAAAUUAUUAAUGCAUAUUCAUGAACAGAAAUUGAAUUGUUUGAUUAAUAAAUCGAAAAUGUAAAA